GUGAUCUCCUGCUUCAGAUUUGGUUGGCUCUUAUUGCGGAUGAAGGAUUUCGUAGAUGUUUCAUUUAGGAUUGGAAAAUGGUGAUCUUUAGCAUAGUAAAGAUCAACCCUUUAUGCCUAGUUAGCUUUUGGCUUCCAAAUUUGUGCGUUGCUCCGCUCCCCAAGUGCAGAUUUUUUUUUAUUUGUGUUUUGAUAUGUUGAGAAGUUUCUGUGAUUAUAUUAGCAGGUGAAAUUUGUGUUUUCAUCUUAUUGGAGAGUAUGAUUCAUUAUCUGCUGAAAUAUGCUGCUGUUCAUAUUUGGGGAAAAAUAUGAUUCACUAUUGCAUUUUGGAAGGUCAUGGAGUAAAAAUCAGAAUGCAGGUUCGGACUCUGGCAAUGGAAGAAAAUGGAGACUCCGAGCACCACAUGAUGAUUGAGGGAAGUGCUUCACCGACUUUGCAAAUUGACCCUAAAAGAGCCCGGUUUCCAAGCUGCAUUGUGUGGACACCGCUUCCUGUUAUAUCAUGGUUCAUUCCUUUUGUUGGCCACAUUGGCAUAUGCAGAGAAGAUGGUGUGAUUUUGGACUUUGCAGGACCAAAUUUUGUGUCCGUGGAUGACUUUGCAUUUGGAGCACCAACUCGCUACAUCCAAAUAAGCAAAGAAAAGUGUUGUGCUAUACCCUGCCCAUCUGAGCAUGAAGCAGUGUUGCAUGAUGAUCCUGGAAGGGACAUAUUGACAUGGGAUGAUGCACUUCGUAAGGGCACUCAAGAAUUUCAACACCGGUCUUAUAAUCUUCUUACCUGCAAUUGCCACUCCUUCGUAGCCAACAGCCUUAACAGGUUAGGCUUUCGUUCUGGUGGGUGGAAUGUGGUGAACCUCGCAGCUCUCAUCUUCCUCAAGGGUGAGUGGGUAAGUGUAGGAUCCAUGGUGCGGACUUUUUUGCCAUUUUUAAUAAUAUUCAGUGUUGGACUGGCAAUAGGAGGUACAACAUUCCUGACUUACUUGGGAUUCUUCAUUGCCUUCCUUGUUGGUUGGUUUCUUCUUGGGACUUACUGUUUCAAGAACUUGAUUCAGUUGUAGAUAAUCGUAUGUAGUAUUGUCAUACAAAAUCUUGAGUUUGAGAAUCUAUAUUAUUCAGAUAUUAUAUCGGCAAUCGCCAGCCAAUUCUGGAUUGUUGUAGAAGCCAAGUACUGAACUUCAGGGUGGUUUUCCUCUGAAGAAGGUAUCUGCUCUUAUAACUGAAGGUUCUCCCAUCUUGUAGUCUAUAAUUUUGUGUUCACA